ACGGAUUUAACAUGGCUGCUGUGACGCCAUGUCGGUGUUAAAAAUGACAAUGUAAAAUCGUAGAAAUUUCCAGAUGCCAGGCCAACAGAGGCCCCAUAUGACUAAUUUACUUUAUAAAUAUUGUGCAGAGAGUGUAUAUAUUGGACUUAGAGAGCUUCAAACUGAUUUGGGGCUUUCGUUUUCAGUUUAAUGGAAUAAUAUGAAUCUUGACUCAUUAUCUUUUGCCUUGGCUGAAAUAAGUUAUUCAGUGGCCAAUUUGACAAAGAAAAAUUUUAAAUCGAGUAUAACAGAAAUCAGUCAUCUUGUAAAUCAACACGGAGCAGAAGCUGAUAGACAUUUAUUUCGUUGUCUUUUUUCUCAUGUUGAUUUUAGUGGUGAUGGUCGUAGUAGUGGAAAAGACUUUCACCAGACUCAGUAUUUGAUUCAAGAGUGUUGUUCAUUGCUGAGUAAACCCAAUUUUGUAUCCAUAUUGUGUUAUUCUGUUGACAAUCCAUUACAUCAUCAAAAGAAUUUGAAACCCUCCCCUCAUUUGCUGCCACAGAUCAGCAAAGUUAUAAAGUUAAAUCGUGUUCAAGAAGUAACAUUUGGCAUUGCACUUCUCCAUUCUUCAAACAGUGAGACUCGUCAAUACGCAAGCCAGUUUGUCAGACAGAAGCUUCCUGACCUUAUUAGAUCCUAUGUCGAUCCAGAAUCAAGUUUAAGACAAGAAGGUGGACUACAGGACGUUGCCAUAGAAGUUUUACAUCUACUCGUGGUUCACCUCAUUCGUAACAAAGAUAACUUUGGAAUUGGAAACGAUCAAAAGGAAGUGUUUUUGUCAACAUUAAGGAAAGAUUUCCCACACGAAAGAGUUCCAGUUAUUUUGGGACCUUUAUUGUAUCCAGAAUCGGAAGAUUUAGCUGUUGAUAAACUGACAGAUAUAUCAAACAUGCCUAAAUCAGUGGUAUGUAAAUCUAACAUGCCCAACUCAGUGUUUGAUUCCUCCUUGGAUUAUAUGAUCUUAGAAAGAGGAUACAGUUGUACAGCAAGUCCUGAAGAAUGCAGAGUAAUGCUAAUGCAGUUUGGAGUAAGGGAAGUAACUCCUGCAUCAGUUGCUAAAGUACUUGGAAUGAUGGCAAGAACACCAACGGGGCUAAACAUGCAUAGUGAUCAGGUGACUUCUGACUGGGAUAUGUCAGAUAAGACAGAGAAGCCUGGGAUUAAUACAUGGAAUGUGGAUGUCUUCAUCGGUGUGGUACAAGAUUUGGUAUGUACCUCGUGGAACAACAGACAGGCUCCUCACUUUAAUUGGAGAGAUGUGGUGAUAGAACUUGAUCACCCUAACUUCAUGGUCCUCAACAAAAAGGGACUACGGUUACUUGUACAGGGACUAAUUAAAGGACUACAGGAAGUUUUCCCCAUUGAUUACAUAUACAGGCCAUGGAAAAAUACAGAAGGACAGUUGUCAUUGAUUGUACAGGCCUUACGUAACCCAGAUGUCUUCUGUUUUGCUGAUUACCCUUGUCACACAGUGGUAACAGACAUACUUAAGGCAGCACCAGAUGAUGACAAUAGAGACAUUACAACAUGGAGAUCAUUAGAUAUGGUUGAGACAUUACUGAGGUUAUCAGAAGCAGGACAUUACCAACAAAUAUCCGAGUUAUUCAAGUUCCCAAUACAAAACUGUCCAGACAUGCUGGUAUUGGCAUUACUACAAAUCACACCUACAUGGAACACAUUGAAACAAGAACUGAUCUCCACUUUGAUGCCAAUAUUCCUCGGAAAUCAUCCAAAUUCAGCUGUUGUACUGCAUUAUGCAUGGCAUUGUCAGGGUCAUUCCAAUACAAUUCGUACCCUUAUCAUGCACUCUAUGGCUGAAUGGUACAUGAGGGGAGAGCAACAUGACCAGAACAGAUUAUCUCGAAUUCUGGAUUGUGCUCAGGACUUGAAGGCAUUAUCAAUGUUGUUAAAUGCCACACCAUUUGCCUUUGUGAUAGACCUAGCUUGUCUUGCCUCCCGUAGGGAGUACCUCAAGUUAGACAAGUGGUUAUCAGAUAAAAUCAGAGAACAUGGGGAACCAUUUAUACAGACUUCUGUAAACUUUCUGAAAAGAAGAUGUCCCCAGUUGAUGGGUGGACCACCAAAGGAUGACCAACAACAGAUCAAAAGUCAAAUGCUACCUCCAGAUACUAUAGGGACAAUGUUGGCUUGUCUGCAGCAGUGUGCUAGUCAAGUAUCACAAGAGCUGUCAGAAGCCAUAUUAACAAUGGUUGCCAAUGCCAAUAUUUUGAUGAAUAAGACUAGACCAGUUGGCCCUGCUGGAAUGGGACCAAAGCCUACUAUACCAAAUAUUGGCCCAACAUUAGGAAAUCCUCUGGAUUCAUUAGAGAAUUCAAACCCUUUAGGAAUCCCAAAAUCUUGGGGCAUGAGUGGUGGAGGUUUCCCACAGACUUUGGCUUCCAGUGGAACAGGAUUUCCACCAAGUUUGUCUUCAAGUGGAACUGGAUUUCCACCAAGUUUAACUUCUAGUGGAACAGGAUUUCCACCAAGUUUAUCUACUAGUGGAACAGGAUUUCCACAGCCUUUAUCCAGCAGUGGUGCAGGAUUUCCACAAAGUCUGUCCACCAGUGGCUCUGGAUUUCCCCAAAGUCUAUCAACCAGUGGCUCAGGAUUUCCACAAAGUUUAUCUACAAGUGGCUCAGGAUUUCCACAAAGUCUAUCCAGCAGUAACUCUGGAUUUCCACAAAGUCUAUCCAGCAGUGGCUCAGGAUUUCCCCAAAGUCUAUCAACCAGUGGCUCAGGAUUUCCACAAAGUCUAUCAACCAGUGGCUCAGGAUUUCCUCAAAGUUUAUCUACAAGUGGCUCAGGAUUUCCACAAAGUUUGUCCACUAGUGGCACAGGAUUUCCACAAACUUUGUCUAGUAGCAGUGGAGCAGGAUUUCCACAGAGCCUGGCAUCCCUUACAACAUCAACCACACCUGGUUCCCCAGCUAAGGGAUUUCCUCCUACCAGUGCUGCUAGCUUUGGUGCAAUACAAUCUUUAACAUCACAGCUUCAAAAUAUAUCCAUGAACAACCCUAUAGGAGCCCCUAGGAGCUCUGUGAACUCAUUAGGUGCCAUAAUGGCUGGAGCUGGAAUAAAACCAACACAGCAACAGCAGCCACAAACACCACAGCCAACACAGCUUCCAGGUCAACAACCACAACAGCCACCUAUUAGACCAGCACCAUCUGGUGACAUGACAAAUAUAUUUGCUGACAUAUCCCAGCAGUUUUCUACAGAAGUAGAAGAUGAAGCAAAUUCUUACUUCCAGAGGAUUUAUAACCAGCCUCCGCAUCCUACGAUGUCUAUAGAUGAAGUCCUGGACAUGCUGAAAAGAUUUAAAGACUCCCCUAACAGGAGAGAAAAGGACGUGUAUGAAUGCAUGCUGAGAAAUUUGUUUGAAGAAUACAGAUUUUUCCCACAGUACCCUGAACGAGAAUUAUUAACUACUGCAUACCUUUUUGGGGGUAUAAUUGAAAAGGGGCUUGCAACGUAUAUGGCUUUAGGCAUUGCAUUGCGAUAUGUUUUAGAAGCUUUGAAGAAACCACACAACACAAAGAUGUACAUAUUUGGUAUUGCUGCUUUAGACAGAUUUAAAACCCGGUUAAAGGAUUAUCCUCAAUAUUGUCAACAUUUGGCAGCUAUACCUCAUUUUAGUCAGUUUCCUAAUCAUCUCAUAGAGUUUGUCGAAUAUGGUGCUAGAUCUCAAGAACCACCUCCGCAUACAACAUCAUCUAGAAGUUUAACUCCAACGGUGCCAGGCAUUUCUAAUGCCCUCACAGCAGGACUGACCAAUAACCUUGGUAUAACGUCAGGCACUGUAACACCGACUACAACACUGGAAAGUAUGGUGGCCACUACAACAACUUUGACAACUUCUGUAACAACAACAGCAACCACAACAACAUCAAAACCAGCUGCAGCUCUUCCAAAACCAUCAAUAGCUAGUGCUACAAAUAUUGACACAUUGUUAGCAGGACAAUUGAAAGAAAACAUACCACCACCUCCAGAAUCUGUUCAGGACAAAAUCUUUUUCAUAUUCAACAAUCUCUCUUUGGCUAAUAUGAAUCAAAAGGGUGAGGAAUUGAAGAAGGAAGUAUCUGAGGAUUAUAUGCCUUGGGUUGGUCAAUACCUUGUCAUGAAGAGGGCCAGUAUUGAACCUAACUUUCACACAUUGUAUGCCAGUUUUGUUGAUGUACUUGGAAAUGGAGAAUUUCAACAGCAAGUUAUCAGAGAGACUUUUAGAAAUAUAAAGGUUUUGUUAUGCAGUGAUAAAGGAGAUGCCAAUUUUUCAGACCGGACAUUAUUGAAGAAUUUAGGUCACUGGAUAGGAAUGCUGACGCUAGCAAAGAAUAAACCUAUUCUUCAGCUUGAGAUAGAUAUCAAGUCCUUGCUGUAUGAAGCUUACCACAAAGGGGCAAGAGAACUACUGUAUGUUGUGCCAUUUAGUGCUAAAAUAAUAGAAUCAUGUGCUAAAAGUAAGGUUUUUAAACCUCCAAAUCCAUGGACAAUGGGAAUAAUGAAUGUUUUGGCAGAGCUACAUAUGGAACCAGAUCUGAAAUUGAACCUGAAAUUUGAGAUAGAAGUUUUAUGUAAAACUCUAAGCAUUGACCUGAGUGACUGUCGACCAACUAUGUAUCUGAAAGAUGUAAGUAGAAUUUCGGAAAUAGAGCCCCAGUUGUCACCAGGUAGUAAGCUACCACAUCCACUGCCAGACUUGACCCCACAGCCUGGGGACCAAGCAGCCAUGAUGACAGCUGGAACACCAACUGUUCCAACAACAGCCAGAGGCACCACACCAACAACGACGCCUAACUUACCACCACGUCCUCAAUUCUCAUACGAUGAUGUCAAUACUGCUAACAUGGCAACCAUUGGUAAUCUGUGUACUAUUAACGAUCAGAUUGCACUAUUCCAAGCCAAUCCUCAGCUGAAACAGCUGGUAAAGAUUGCAGUUGAAAAAUCUUUACAGGAGUUACUUCCUCCUGUUGUUGAAAGAACAAUAAAGAUUUCAUUGGUGACCUGUGAACAAAUUAUCAAAAAGGAUUUUGCAUUGGAUCCUGAUGAGAGCAGAAUGAGGGCAGCUGCACAUCACAUGGUUCGUCACAUGAUUUCUGGACUGGCUUUAAUUACUAGCAGGGAACCAGUACUUGUUAAUAUCAGCAACAAUUUAAAGAGUGCUUUCCUGUCAACACUAAGGAUUGAUGCAAAUUUCCAAGGAGCAACUCCACAACAAAAGGAAAUGAUAGAACAAGCUGCACAACAAGUAGCACAGGAUAAUACAGAAUUAGCUUGUGUCUUCAUCCAGAAAACUGCCAUAGAAAAAGCAAUACCAGAUAUUGACAAAAGAUUAGCUACAGAAUUUGAACUUAGAAAACAUGCUAGAACAGAGGGUAGACGUUACUGUGAUCCUGUCGUACUGACGUAUCAAGCUGAGAGAAUGCCAGAACAAAUCAGAUUAAAGGUUGGAGGAGCCACUCCAAGUCAGUUAUCUGUAUAUGAAGAGUUUGCCAGGAACAUCCCAGGAUUUCUACCAGCUGGAGAUCCCUCCUUUCCUCCUGGAGCUGUACCUGCUAAACCACAGCCUACAUACAGUGAUGAAUCCUUCCAAUUGUUUGAGAGAAUUAUUCGUGAGAUAGAGCAACACGUACAACAGUUACAGAUCAUGUUCCCUGCCAGUAACCCACAGAUCAAUCAGCUCCACAGUCUUUUGGAAGCCUUGAUCAUGCUCAGAAAUUCCAGAGAACAAGUUACAGUAGUCAAUCUAAUACAGAAAGCUGUUGAGGGUUUAUUAGAACAUCUGCAAGGAUUAUCAGCAGAUCAGGAACUCACGUUGAGGUUCAAGGAAUGUAACUUGACAGUUCUGAGAGCGCUACAGGAAAUGAGAGCAUUUGGAUUUGGCGGAUCUUGGACAAAUAAACAAGUAACUAGGUGUAUGAUAGAAGCUAAUGAACAACACAAAUAUACAAUAGAAGCUGUAGAUUGUUUGAUACGAAGUCAGCUAGUUAACAUGCCCCAGUACGACAUGUAUCUAGCCCAGCUGAUGGAGAAUGGUAUGAAUUAUAUGGCUGUAAGUCUGGCCAUGCAGGUAGUCCAAAGAUUCUGUGUUGAUGAUAAGGCUUCAGCUACUGAGAGUGACUUUACAAACACCAUUGAAGCAUUGACAACAAUAUCUACUCGAACUAGACAAUCCCCAGAAGGCUUGAGUAACUUACUGGAGAAUUUGAGACCAAACACUGACUUUGGCUUAGAGAGAGCUUUGGGAGGUCCCACAACUAUGAUGCAGACUGGUAUAUUACAAGCCAGAGAGAUAGAUGAUCCUCCUGGACUUCAUGAUAAAGCAGAACUGUUAUUGAGAGAUUGGGUGAACAUGUACCACUCACCCCAGGCAGGACGUGACAGCACAAAAGCAUUUACAGCAUUUGUUCAAUCGAUGCACCAACAAGGGAUUCUAAAAACAGAUGAUCUCAUUACACGUUUCUUUCGUCUUUGUACUGAGAUGUGUGUAGAUUUGUGUUACAGGGCUUUAAUAGAUCAGACCCAGAACCCUGCUAUUGUCAGGACCAAAUGUUUCUAUACACUUGAUGCCUUCGUAAGGCUGAUUGCACUGCUGAUAAAACAUUCUGGUGACACUACAAACACAAUCACAAAGAUCAAUUUAUUAAAUAAGGUACUUGGUAUAGUAGCAGGUGUAUUACUACAAGAUCAUGCAGUAAGAAACACAGAAUUCCAACAACUGCCAUAUCAUCGUAUAUUUAUCAUGCUAUUUAUAGAACUCAAUGCACCAGAUCAUGUACUGGAAAAUAUCAACUAUCAAGUCCUAACAGCUUUCUGCAAUACCUUCCAUGUGUUGAGGCCUGCCAAAGCUCCAGGGUUUGCCUAUGCUUGGUUAGAGUUGAUAUCACACAGGGUAUUUAUAGGAAGGAUGUUAGCGCUGACCCCACAACAGAAGGGUUGGGGAAUGUAUGCUCAGCUUCUAAUAGAUUUAUUUAAAUUUCUGUCUCCAUUCUUGAGGAAUGCUGAACUUACCAAACCUACACAAAUGUUGUAUAAAGGAACUUUACGUGUAUUAUUGGUGCUACUUCAUGAUUUCCCAGAAUUCCUCUGUGAUUACCAUUAUGCUUUCUGUGAUGUGAUACCACCAAACUGUAUUCAGAUGAGAAAUCUAAUCUUAAGUGCUUUCCCUCGUAAUAUGAGGUUACCAGAUCCAUUUACACCUAAUCUCAAGGUGGAUAUGUUGGCUGACAUUGCUCAUGCCCCAAGGAUACUUACAAACUUUGCAAAUAUGAUUCAGCCAGCACAGUUUAAAAAGGAUUUGGAUUCAUAUUUAAAGACGAGAUCACCAGUCACUUUCUUGUCAGAUUUACGUUCAUAUCUACAGGUAAAAAAUUCGAAUGAACCAGGAAUGAGAUAUAACAUUCCUCUGAUGAAUGCCUUAGUAUUAUAUGUAGGGACACAGGCAAUAGCUUUCAUCAAUAGUAAAGGACAAACUCCUAGUAUGAGUACUAUAGCUCACUCAGCUCAUAUGGACAUUUUCCAAAAUCUUGGAGUUGAUCUGGAUACUGAGGGUCGAUAUUUAUUCCUGACAGCAAUAGCUAACCAGCUGAGGUACCCCAAUAGUCACACUCACUAUUUCAGUUGUACGCUCCUUUACCUGUUUGUAGAGGCUAAUAUUGAGGCUAUUCAGGAACAAAUUACAAGAGUUCUAUUGGAGAGACUGAUUGUUAACAGGCCACAUCCAUGGGGCUUGUUGAUCACAUUUAUUGAACUUAUUAAGAAUCCUCAGUUUAAAUUCUGGAACCAUGAGUUUGUCCAUUGUGCUCCAGAAAUUGAGAAAUUAUUUGAGUCUGUAGCCAGAUCUUGUAUGCAGCCAAAGUCUGGUGGAUCAGGCAAUACACAAAAUCUGAGAGAAACUGACACCACAGAACUUCACUGAUUUACAAAUCAUGGCGUCACACUAGACAAUAAAUCCGUCAAAUUUUCAUUGUUGUUAAUUGUUGUGAACAUUUUUAAGAACUUUUUGAAGGAUUAUGAAGACUUUUGUAUUUAUUUUUGUGAAAUGACAUCAAGAGAAGAUAUAUUUUGUUGAGAGUACAUCAAAUUGGGCCACUAAGUAACUUGUUUCAUUUGUAAAUAUGGUGUCAGAUCAUGACUCUGACUACAAUGACUAUUGUUGACAAAGAUGUGUUGAGUGUCAAUACUUCCCCAAAUUUGUUUGAAUAAAUUAUAACAUAUUUGAAA